AUGGCGGCGGUGGCUAUGACCGCUAAACGCAUCUCCAAGCGCUAUGGCUCCAUCCCUGAGCUCGAGGCCGAGAGCGCCAUUGCAGCCUGCGGGCCGAGGGCUUUGGAGAUCUCGAGAUCACGCAUCGCCUCCAGGCGCUGCUCCUCUGGCCGCGUCGCCUCCACCCGCUCGUACAUCCCGGCCGCUGCAGCUCCACCCGACGCCUCCAAGGUGCUCCCCGUCACCAACGAGGACUCGGUUUACACCUGUGCUAAGGUUACUGAGGCUGCCGCCAUGCUCACUUGA